CUCAUUCCGUAACCCAGAACAGAACAUCAACAAACAGGUCGUCUAUCGGUCCAUCAAGCAGUGUUUUAAAUCAAAAUGACAGCAAACACAAAGCGAAUUCUGGUGCAUCUGAAGAAAACGAAACCUAAAGAAGGACAAGAAGUUCUCGCACGAUUCUCACAGUGCAUUCUGGAGUAUUUUGGGGCUACUGACCUGACAACACAUCUACAUGCUGAACUGGUCAACAACAGGCUUGUAGUGACCGAUGACCUCACAGGGAAAACACCUGUCAAACUCAAGCAUCCCCCUUUCUGUCCAGUUCUUCACCUCAGCCCUGAAGAUGUGGCAGCUCUCUCACCAGAAAUUGCCAACAGAGGGGUAGAUGUGGGAGCUGCUGUUGUCAUGGAAACUGGAGAUGGGAAAGUUCUACUGACUAGGAGAGCCAAGCAGUUACGAGCAUUUCCGGGAAUAUGGGUUCCUCCAGGAGGGCACAUAGAGGAGAAUGAAACUUUUGUGGAAGCAGGUCUGCGUGAGUUUGGUGAGGAGACAGGCCUACAGCUACAAGCUAGUCAGUGUGUUGGGAACAAGCUACAUCUUCUGGCUCUCUGGGAGUCUGUGUACCCACCAAAGCUGUCACAUGGUCUGCCAAGGCGUCAUCACGUGGUUGUGUACUUGUACGGGAAACUCAUUUCUGACCUGACCUCUGACAAACUGACCAGUCAGCUGAAGAUGCAGCCGGAGGAAGUGGACGCCUGCACAUGGCUGGACCGUGACAUCAUCACCAACAUUGUGAAGCUGUCAGAUGAAGAGUCACCAGAACUGCCGAGCACCUCUGGCAGACUUCCUCAAACUAUCAGAGCCAUUGUCCUGAAUGAUGAAGGCAAGCAAGUUGACCUUGACCUGCCCUUGGCCCCAUUACUACAGACAUCUGGAGAUAAGGAGUGUUUAGGGAGGGUCAGCACCGGCACCAAGUUCGCUUUUGAAGAAUGGCUAAAGAGAACCUCUGAAUGAUUCCAACAGCCAUUAGGAACUUAAUACUAAAGAAAGAUAAUAUUCCGGGCAGAUGGAAUAGCCUGACAAGAGUGUUUGCUGGGGGUGGGAAAUGUGAUUGUUGAAGUAGUGAUGACUCACAUUUGUUUUAUUAUUAAAUAAAUUAUACACCCACAAACUUUUCACUGCAUUUAGUCUCAAAAUAUUUAUUGCUUGAAAGAGCAAGUUAUCUGGUUAUCCUCUAAGAAACAUUAUUGCAUAUGUUCCUAUUUCAAUAGUAAGCAUUUACCAUAGUCACCCCAAGUGUUUAGGUUAUAACGUGCACGAUGAAACUGCCACUAACAAUGACCUAUUGGUUAUGUUCAUUAUUUUAUUUGUUUGUUGUUGGGCUAACAAAUAUUCUGGUCAUUCCUUGCCAACCUAUGCCAGACAAAUGAAGGGAUGUUAUUAUAACUUUUAUGGCAUGUUCAUCAUGACAUCCAAUCAAUUAAAUCAUCCAGUCUGA